CGUUUUACAACACUAAUCUUAAACAAUUUCCCAUCACUGUGAAAUCAUUUGCAAAAACACAACAACUUAUCAGAAAACAGCAAAAUACUUCAAAUUAAACGUACAAAAUGACUCAGGACAUGCUGCUUGGUAACGAGGAACCGAGCAAAAGCAAGGAAACGUUCCUAGAGAAGUUUUGUCUGUUGGCCAAAGCAGCAACCACGACCUCCGCCCUGCUCGACGUGAUUCGCCAGGCUCUGGAGGCUCCAAAUGUCUUUGUUUUUGGUGAAUUACUGGCGGAACCUUCUGUAGCACAGCUCAAAGACUCUGAGGAUGCCAAGCACUUCGAGACGCUGAAUCUAUUCGCAUAUGGAACCUACAAGGAUUACCGCUCCCAGCCCGAAAAAUACAUUGAACUAACCCCAGCGAUGCAGAAAAAGUUGCAGCACCUUACCAUCGUCUCGCUGGCCAUUAAGGCCAAGAGCAUUCCCUAUGCUCUGCUACUCAGCGAGCUGGAGAUCGAUAACGUUCGCCACCUGGAGGACAUCAUCAUUGAGGCCAUCUAUGCAGACAUCAUCCACGGGAAGCUGUUCCAGAAUACUCGUGUUCUGGAGGUUGACUACGCCCAGGGCCGGGACAUUCCGCCCGGCUACACCAGCCAGAUCGUUGAGACCCUUCAGGCCUGGGUCAACUCCUGCUACAGCGUCUCCAACUGCAUCGACAUGCAAAUCAAAUACGCCAAUGCCGAAAAGUCCAAGAGGAUUUUAAACAAGGAGCGGGUAGAGCAAGAUCUUAUUAAUUUGAAAAAAGUACUGAAGAGCCAGGCAUCGGAUAGUGACGAAAGUAUGCAAAUCGACACUCACGGACCUGGAACGAGCGGUGGCUUGGGUCAAUCGGAGCUACGCAAGAAGCCCUCGAAGCUGAGGAAUCCACGCAGUGCAGCUGCUGUUGGCCUGAAGUUCAGCAAAUGAGUGGAGCCUUGUCGAGCGGAUGUGUGGUGGAUGUGGUAGGACGCCAGCCAGCUGCACUUGUUGCCACUUAAGGACGAGUGCAACCCAACGCAGCACUCGAUGAUGGGGGAGGAGAACUUAUUAUCUAAUACAAUCACAGGAAAAAUCAUCUCAAUUUAUUAAACAAAUACCAGCUGCCCGCGAAAUGGAUUCCAUAAUUAGCAUCAAAUUGAUCAUGAAACCAAUAAUAAAUACCAUCUUGUAAUAAUGAA